AAAUUAGCAGAAAAAAACUGGAUUGGCUAAAAUAAUUACGUUAAACCUUCCUAAAACUAACAGUCACCGUGCCGAGAGUAAACAGCUCUGAGAAAGGGAAAGACAGAAAGAAACUUGUGCAAUUAUCACUUCGUUUGUUUGCCAUUAUUAACAAGUUUUAAAUGGCCGCGACUGACAUAAAGUUGAACUUGUAAACGCGAGUGGGUACAUCGAGUAAUUCACUUGUAUGUAACUGCGGCACAUAGACAGAAACGGGAAAAAAUAGAUGAAAAAAGAAAUCUCGACGCGAUAUAAUUUGCAAAAAGGAAUACAACACUCAUCUCUGCUUUUAAGGUAGGUAAACCACACAUAACACUUUUUCAGAUAAAAAAAAGUUCAAUGCAAUCAAUAUGUUAUAAUCGAAAUUAUGAAAAUUCAAACUAUAAUUAGAAAAUCUAUAAAGGGACCUAACUUAAUCCCUUGUUGGAAGUACAUCCUCUCGACAUAAGCUUCCAAUGAGUAAAUAACCAUGUAUAGGAGGUGAUUUAUUUUUUAAUAUUUUGAUGUUUUUCCAAGGGAUCUGAGAAGCGCCCUGAGCAGGGCGGUUUAAAGAAGCUAAAGAAUACACAAAUAUAAGUGUGGGUGUGUGAGAGAGAGAGAGAGAGAGAGAGAGAGAGAGAGAGAGAGAGAGAGAGAGUGAAAGAGCGAUGAGAGAAAGGGAGAGAAAAAAUCUCUCCACAGCUUCAAAACAAGACACCCCUGCAGUAUAUAGUUAUGUAUACCUAUUAAAACACAUGCAGCACGAUCGAGAACAAACUUCUUCAGGACUCCAGAAGACGACAGGGUGGUAGUAGUGAAGCUAACCGCAACUGAAACUACAAUGAUAAUUUGCGGCUACGUUGGAGUAAAGUCUUGUACGACGACGCGCCACUGCCGAGGGUGCCGACGAAGAGCUGGAGGAAAAAGAGAAGAUGUGUGAUGAUCAAGCUCGCUGUGACUGUUCCAGGAAAGUUGGGUUCGGUAUAAUUACCGCAACUUUGUUUAUAUAUCGCCUGGGUUACUACCGGCGUGGGUGUUAAGACGGCAUAUGUGUAAACAGCAAUAAAACACGUACUAUGCGGUUACGGCGGCCGAUGUCUGGGUGGCUGAAUACCUCAAUAACUACUGGUUCUUAGUACCUCCCCCAGGAUAUUAUAAGAAGAUUCCCUCUUUCGCUUGUUGUGGGCGGAGCUCGUUUCUGGAUCUACCCCAGAAAAUCAAACACCCUUCGCCCAGAACAUUAUAGUCGAUCAUUAGUGAAUUAGUGAACCGGAGCAGGUCUUCGGCUCCUCGAUAUACGGAUAAUAAGAUAUACCGAAAAUCGCGGAGUUGUAUCGGCAAUUUCUAUAAAUUUCGUUCCUUUUUUUCGAAAUGGACGAAUUAUUCAGCGGUGAGGGGUGUCCCGCAAAUUUGGCGGGAUACUUUGCAUUCAACGGGAUUUACAGUGGUGCAGCGCCUUUGCCAUCUUCCUACCUGUCGCAUUUUUACACUUGGGCAUUUCCGCUUCCUGCUGCGGUUAUUCAUAAUAAUAAUAACAGUGGACGUUACAAACACCCAAUGACCCCCAGAUACGAGAAACCCCCUUACUCCUACAUCGCUCUGAUAGCAAUGGCCAUUAAUUCGUCGCCGAAACAGCGUUUAACUUUGUCCGGUAUCUACAGAUUCAUUAUGGACAGGUUUCCUUACUAUCGCGAAAACAGACAAGGAUGGCAGAACAGCAUCAGACAUAAUCUGAGUCUCAACGAUUGCUUCGUCAAGAUACCGAGAGACAAAACUAAUCUCAUAGAAGGCGAACAAUCUGGUGGUAAAGGAAGUUACUGGGCUCUUGAUCCUUCCGCGAGCGAAAUGUUCGAACAUGGUAACUACAGGAGAAGGAGGACUAGGAGGCAAAGAAAUUUUUCACAACUGAAACAACAACAGCAACAACGAGAUUAUCAGUCAACAACGUCUAACGUCAACAUCGAUAACGAUUUUGGAGCUGUAUCGAGCGGUACGAGACUUGAGGAAUCUUCCGUCGGUUCGGAAAUGGCAACCGAAUCAUCAAUAUUGAGGAAAAAAUUAGAUCGAGAACCGGAAGUCACAAUAAAAGAGGAAGUGAUAUAUACCAGCCCCCCUGAACGCUGCAUCAAAUCAACGAUGUUCACUAUUGAUAACAUUCUACGAAAGUCGCCAACUCCGAUAAACUAGUACAAGAUGUUGAAUAUAAAUAUUUAUUAGAAAUGAACAGAGAAAAAUUAAACUCCAAAAUUGCGAAAAUAUUACACUUUAUCGAGUUAUAAGCUGCAGAAGUUUGUGCAAAAAGAAAGAAAACUACAAGGUGCAAUGAAUUUUAGAGUCUUACACUCAUCUAUACAUGGUAUAUCAAGAUGCAGUAGCUGAGAAAUAAAAAAAAAAAAAGGGUUGAUAUCACGGAGACUUGGCGGACUUUGGUUUUAUGGUGAUAUGUCUUCUUGGGACUUUUAACGACUGUUGCGAUCACACACAUGCCAAUGUUUGUUUCUUCAAAGGCGCAG